GAGCGUCCGGAGGAGUCCAUGGUGCAGAACUUAGCGGCGGACUGACGGACACCGGGCCUCCUGCGCUGGCGCGGCCGCCGGAGCGACGCCUGGACCUCGGCCUGAGGAAACGCCUUCACGAGGAGAGAUGAAGAAGAAAUCCGUAUAUAAUCAGAAUGUGGGUGAUCAGGAGAGUGAAGAUACGGAAGGUGAAGAAAACAGAAAUAAUGCUGAUACUUCCGGCUUACUGUACAGUGAGGCGGACAGAUGUCCAAUCUGUCUUAGUUGCCUAUUAGGGAAGGAAGUUGGUUUUCCAGAAAGUUGUAAUCAUGUCUUCUGUAUGGCCUGUAUUCUUAAAUGGGCAGAGAUACUGGCUUCUUGUCCAAUCGAUCGGAAACCCUUUCAGGCAGUGUUUGAACUCCGUGCAUUUGAAGGUUGUGCUAAGAUUCAGGUAAAAAGACGGUCGAGAGAAUUAGACGACAAGGAAAAUGAGGAGUCUUUUAAGAAACAGCUCGUUUAUCAUGAAAGUUCCAAAAGCGACAAGAGAAAAGGAAACACUGUAAGAGAAGAUCUAUUAUGUGAGAGAUCUGAUGACUUGAAGGUGUUGUAUAGAAACUUUUCAAACAAUAAAAUGGGUGGAAAGAAAAAUGCUACAGUAAAGACAAACAAGGUUCAAAGAUUGAAUCAGUGUACAGAUUCUUGUGUGAGAAGUGACAUGCCCAGUGUAUCUUCAUGUGGUGGCCACAGUUGGGGACCUCGCACCUACAGAGUUUCCUGUACAGAAUCUAUAGAAGUCAAUGAAAUCAAUGCAUUGAUUAGGCAGAAACGACAGGAACUGGAGUUGUCAUGGUUUCCUAAUACAUUACCUGGGAAUGGAAGAGUUGGCUCUGUACCCUGGAGUGUGGAGACAGCAGUUCUUCCUCUGGUUUCCUCAGUGCUGCCAAGGACGAUUUUUCCAGCAAGUACCAUGUCACUAGAAAAUUUUGGUACUUCUCAUAAGGGGUAUGCACUAGCACAUACCCAAGGAGGAGGAGAAAAAAAGCAAACUUCAGGUACAUCAAACACCAGAGGAUCAAGACGAAAACCUGCAACAACUGCUCCUACAAGGAGGUCCACACGAAACACACGAGUUGAGACAGUCAGUCCAUCCCAGAAGUCCCCAGUGCCAAACUACUCUGAGUGUGAUGCCCCAGGGAAUAGUAACUCCUCUGUCAGUAUUUCCCCUCCGGCUGAAUCAGAAAAGCAAACAAGACAGGCUCCGAAACGGAAGUCAGCAAGGAGGGGAAGAAAACCACCUUCUUUGAAAAAGAAACCUCGGAAAUCUGCACCUCCUGCUGAAAAAACCACAUCUAGCGAUUCAGUAGAGGAAGACACUGUGGAUUCUGACACUCCACCCGUGUUGGAAAAGGAGCAACAAUCAUGUGUAGAGAGUAGUAGCAUUUGCUCUAUUCAGACAGAUGAAGAGAAUCAUUUGGCUAAGUGCUUGGAAAGUUGCGAUGAACAAACAGAAGAAAAUGAACAAACCAAGAAUCAUGAGAUCGAGGAACAAACAGAAAUUUUAAAUUCUGAAUCUUGCACUCAGUAUCCUCCUGUGCUUGUUGGAGAGGAUUCAGGGAUAGAGGGUAAGGAGUUAUGUGUAGACAAUGAUGUUUCUACAGAUUCUUCUCUAAAAGGAAGUGAUCCAUUGGAAAAUCAAGAGCAGGGGUCUGGAAGCUCAGGGUCAGAGGUGCAGGCACCCGUGUGUACGGAGAGUCCGCCUGAGGAUUUCCUUACGUGUCCACCGUCUGACAUUGAAGGACACCAGCCAGUGUCCAGUCCCCUGGGUGAAGUAUCUGAAAACGCCACCCCAGUGGUUAGUGAUGAAAGAGCAGAGGACAGUCUCAUGGUAGGAAGCGCUGACUUGAAUGAUUCUGUAGAAAACACAGAAGCAUUUGUAAUGAGCCCCAAAGUGGAGUCUUCUGAGGGUGAAAUUACACAUGGACUGAACAGACAUUGUGUUCCCAGCUCAGACACUGAGUUGCCUGAGCUUAUUCAAACAGAAAAUACAGAAAUAAUUCCAACAUGUGGCACUUUAGAAAAUGAAAGUUCUGGUGCUGUUCAAGGUUGUGAAGAUACCGUACUAAAACAUAAUCUUGACAACACCCAAUUGGAUAACUCCUUAGAAGGAAAGACAGACUCUCUGGUUGAGCAUCCCAUCCAUGCAGAGUUACCUCACAAAGAGGUUGAACAGAGUGAGAAACAUUUCAGUGAAGAUAAUAAUGAAACAGUACCUAUGGAGUGCGAUUCUUUCUGUAGUGACCAGAAUGAGUCUGAAGUAGAGUCGUCAGCAAAUACUGACCCCAAACAGUUGAGUGAAAAUUCUGUGACGCACAGUUCUGACAGCAAGCUGUCUUCUGAUCCUGUAGUUGAGAAUGUUGAAACUGUAGCUCAACCAGCUGAAAGCCUAGUGGAUAAAGCCCCAAAGCCUCGAACUCGGAGAUCUAGAUUCCAUUCCCCGUCUACAACUUGGUCUCCCAACAAAGAUGCUGCACAAGAAAAGAGGCGUGCUCAGUCUCCAUCUCCGAAAAGAGAGACUGCAGUAGAAAGUAAGAGUUCUCAGUCACCAUCCCCCAAGAGAGAGUCUGCCAGAGGACGAAGAAAAUCCCGUUCUCUCUCACCGAAAAAAGAUGCAUCAAGAGAAAGGAGGCCGUCUCGGUCUCCAAAGAGAGAGAAUGCUAGGGAAGCUAAAAGGUCUGAGUCAGGCUCCCCAAGAAGAGACACUUCUAGAGAGAACCAGAGGUCUCAGUCCAGGGUGAAAGAUUCUUCCUCCAGAGAAAAAUCUAGGUCCCGGAGCAGAGAAAGAGAAAGUGACAGAGAUGCUCAGAGGAGAGAUCGAGAUAGAGAGAGGCGAGCCAGAAGGUGGUCCCGGUCUAGAUCUCGCUCUCGAUCGCCUUCAAGAUCAAGAACGAAGAGUAAGAGUUCAUCAUUUGGUAGAAAUGAAAGAGAUACUUACUCUCCCCGGUGGAGGGAAAAAUGGACAAAUGAUGGUUGGAGGUGUCCCAGAGGGAAUGACCGGUACCGGAGGAAUGAUUCAGAGAAACAGAAUGAAAACACAAGAAAUGAAAAAGAUGACAUCACUGCAGAUACUAAUGAUCCCAGCUCCACAGAUAAGCAUAGAGAUGACUGUCCCAGCUGGGUGACAGAAAAAAUAAACUCUGGGCCAGAUCCAAGGACCAGAAAUCCAGAAAAGUUAAAAGAUUCCCACUGGGAAGAAAAUAGAAAUGACAAUUCAGGGAAUUCUUGGACUAAAAACUUUGGCCCAGGCUGGAUGUCCAGCCGUGGUCGAGGAGGCCGCGGGAAGGGUGCUUACAGAGGUAACUUUGCCUGUAACGACCAGAGCGAGAACAGGUGGCAAAGCCGCACCCCCCUCUCAGGGAGCGACUCCUUCAAGUCUGUGGAGCAGCAGCCCAGUAAGCGGAAAAGCGAGCAAGAACUGUCCUUCGGCACUCCAGCAGACAGGUCGGGGUGGACCUCCGCCUCCAGCUGGGCGGUGAGGAAGACUCUGCCAGCCGACGUGCAGAACUAUUACUCUCGGCGCGGCAGGAGCUCUUCAGGCCCACAGUCUGCGUGGAUGAGACAGGAAGAGGAGACGCCGGAGCAGGAUUCUAACUUAAAAGACCAAACAAACCAAAUUGAUGGUUCUCAGUUACCGGUAACUAUGCUGCAGCCACACAUGAGUGUAAUGCAGCCUCCAGUGAAUGCCCAGCACCAGCCUGUGGGCAUCUUCCCGUACCCAGUGGGUGUUCACGCCCCUAUGAUGAAUAUGCAGCGGAAUCCAUUCACCAUGCACCCUCCAAUGCCCCUGCAUCUCCACACGGGAGUACCUCUCAUGCAGGUAGCUGCCCCUGCAAGCAUACCUCAGGGACCGCCACCACCGCCCCCUCCCCCGCCAUCCCAGCAGGUCAACUACAUCGCCUCACAACCAGAUGGGAAACAUGUGCAGGGUUUUCCAAGUGCGUCUCAUGUAAGUAAUAACAUGAAUACACAAGUGUUGCCUGCUCCAUCAGCAGCCCCAGCAAACACGGGAUCAGUUCAGGGACCAAGUUCUGGUAAUACUUCGUCAUCAAGUCACGUCCAAGCCGCUAACGCUGCUGUAAAAUUGGCAGAAAGCAAAGUAAGUGUUACGGUGGAGGCCAGCGCAGAUAGCUCGAGGACAGACAAGAAAUUGCAGAUUCAAGAGAAAGCAGCACAGGAGGUGAAACUGGCUAUUAAGCCAUUUUACCAGAAUAAAGACAUCACUAAGGAAGAGUACAAAGAGAUCGUGCGGAAGGCGGUGGACAAAGUUUGUCAUAGUAAGAGUGGAGAAGUAAAUUCUACUAAAGUGGCAAAUCUGGUUAAAGCGUAUGUAGACAAGUACAAAUACUCUCGGAAGGGAAGCCAGAAGAAAACGCUGGAAGAACCCGUGUCUACUGAAAAAAACAUAGGCUGACACGAGGAGCCUUGUAAAGGACACUGUCAAGAUAUCUGUAAAGUGCAAUUCAACGUGUAUCUUACUGAGAAUCAUGCACAACUGUGAUGGAAAUCUGGUUUUGAUAAAAUUAUUUUUUUUAUUGUAGGAUAUGUUUUGUUCAAAAUAUAGCUGUGCACUGCAACUUCUAUAUCUAACCUUAAACCCCAAUAAAACAAAUUCAAGGGGAAACCGAGGGUGUAAUGGAACGUGCGUUUUUAUCAGGACUGUGCUCAUGGACCUGAAAGUGCAUGGCUCUCCAGGAGAACAGGGGGUGCAUAGCCAGAAACCUGUACAAGUGCGGGAGACACGCCUGUGUCCGUAUGGUACAUUCAUCCGUCAGGCUGGGAAAGUAUGAUGGUUAGGACCUCGUGCUUUCUAACUGUAGAAUUUUAACAGUACAUUGCUAUUAAAUAUAUCUGAUAUUAAUGACAUACGUCUGCGUGAAGCGCAUAUCUCAGUAAAAGGCUUAGGUAGAAAGCAGAUCAUCGUGAGUAAGCAUUAGCUUCAAGCCUGCAGGUGCUCCUUGCCUUUUUUGUCACCAGGUAAAGGUCACACUGUGUGUUGCUUUUGUGCUCCCAGUCUAGAAAAAAAAAUUAGUGGUUUGAUUUGCUACAUUACAAUUUUGCUUGUUCAAAGCUUUGUCGAAUUUAGGAGAGUAAUUUGGGCAAAAGCUAGUUUUUAUUAAAAAAAAAAAACCAGAAAAACAGCUAUGAUCUCUCACUAUACCUUCUACUUACCAGCGAUGUUAAAUUGUUUGUGCCAACGGGAGAAGCGCACCAGGCGGUGGUCUUCCUUUUGGGGACCGACAUAGAACACAAGACCUACUUCACCGGCUUCAGGUUACUGCUCAUUUGUCACAGUGUCACAGUGAAGUGCCUCUCACACUUCGGAAUGUCCCUCAUGGUCUGCAGUGAAUAAAGUGUCAACUUGUU